UAUGGCUUCUUCUUCUUCUUCCACCAAAGUGUCUAUGAAACUUCUUAUAGAUACAAAGAAUGAGAAAGUUCUUUUUGCAGAAGCUUCAAAACCUGUCAUAGACUUUCUCUUCAACUUGCUAUGCUUACCUAUUGGUACUGUAGUUAAGCUACUAAGUGCGAAUAACAUGGUAGGUAGCUUAGGAAAUCUGUAUCAGAGUGUUCAAAGUCUGAACCAGAACUACAUGCAACCAUUUCAAACCAAGGAUGUUCUCUUAAACCCAAAAGCACAAAGUUCUUCCACUGAAAUCUCUGGCCUCCUUACCCAAAAUGACGAAGAUGAUGAAGAAACUAAGUUGUACAUGUGCCCUAAUAAAUGUAACCAUUACGAGGUUACAUAUGAUAGCAACACUAUAUGUCCUGGCCGUCCCAACCUUUACGGCAGUUCCACUCAUUAUAUGAACCGUGAAGUACAUCCUAUUGGAAAUAGGAAGGUCCCUAAAAAGAAAACUUUUGUUUACAAUGGUUUUGUGAAGGAUGUUGUGACUUUUAUGGUGAUGGAUGAUUUGGUGAUUCAGCCAAUGUCAACCAUAUCUAGCAUCACACUUUUGAACAAGUUCAAUAUCAAGGAAAUUGGUACCUUGCAAGAAAAGGUGGUUGAGCUGGGCAUGGCUGAGGGUAUCAAGUUGCUAAAGGCUUCUUUGGAAUCCAAGAUGGUGUUGACAAGUGUUUUCCUAAAGAAGCAGAAUUAAUAUGCCAGCAUUAAUGUUCUUUAGAUGUGAAAAUGGUGUUUUGGUUUUCUUUUCUCUUUCUCUAGUUUAUUACUACUGUAAAAGAAAAGGUGCUUGCAAUGCUUUUUUACUUCGUUUUGAAUGGUCAUUAUCGAUAAGUUAUCGUAUCUUUUUUUGGCUUGUAAGUGUAAUGUACUAUAUCUUAUCUAUUCCCAUUG